AUGGCUCAACAGCCCAUGACGCAGUUUUGGCCCAUCUUCGCAACCAAAUCCGACGGCCAGAGCAUCGUCAAUCAAAAAAACAAGCCCGUCAGAAAUGGGCCCACCGAAGAGCAGCUCGACAAGAAGCCCAACGAACAAGGCCAAUGCGACUUUUAUCGGCUCAUCGAAAAGGACGACCCCAAGCACAUUGAUUGGCGCAAGAAGCUGGGCGGCAUGUUGCUGCGCGAGAUUGGUGGCAAACAGCACGAAGACAAAUGGCAGCAAUGUAUCCUGUGGGAGCUUCCAGAAAACUAUGUCCUCUACGAACAUAUCAAGACCAAAGCGGACGGCCAAGUCAAGACGGUCAAGAACCACUCGGGCGGCGGGCACGACAGACAAGACGCCUAUCUGUACGGCUACCCGCGAGGGCCCAAGAAGCGCUUUCGCAGCCCCGUCGAGUUCUUCCCUCAUUUGCUGUGGCUGUGCACCGACGAGGAGAGCAAGACGGACAACUGCACGUGCAAAAUGUGCUCUCCCACGGGCGAUGUCGACAAGGCCGCCUUCAAGGUCGAGCCCGCCAGUCCAGCCUUUUCCGUCGUCAGUGUCAAGCGAGAAGCCACGCCCAAUGCUGCUGCUGCCGCUACUACUACUACUACCGCUGGUACCGUUGUCGGCCGCAAUCCAACUGUACAGGUGCCCGCCGCACGACGCCCAUCGACAGGCCUCUCUACACCCUCCACCCUACAGCAUGCCCAACAACAACAACAAUCACAAUCGCAGCAACAACCACAGCAACAGCCCCAACAACAACACCAACAGCAACCCCAGCAAAUAAGAGCACCACCACCCCUUCCGCAAUCCACCCCACUACCCCAACCUCGAUCCUACGAACAACAAACCGACCUGUCCUACCAUCGAUUCCUGUGCCGGACAGGAGAGGUGGUCUGGUUCUACCGUCCCAAGACAUCCGCGUGGGGCCUCGGACUCGUCAUUCGAAGAUGGGCGUUGAAGGACACACCCAACAAUCGCUCCUAUCUCAUCCAGCCCCUCUCACACCCAUACGAGUCCCCUGCCCAGGAGCUCGUGACAACCGAUGACCACGUUAAACCUUGGCUCGCCUGGUCGGCACCAAGUUGUACAUUCCCUUAUCUCCAACAAAACCCCCACCUCAGCUACGACCAAGUCGACUGGCGGGCUCUCGAGAGCGGUCAAUAUGGCGAGGGCAUUGCGUCGGUCGAUGCCUCCAUCAUGGCCGCCAAAGCCAUUGACAGCACAUAUACCCUUUUCGAGCGCAUCAAGACCUCGACCGAAGGCGGCCAGGAACUGCGACACUACAACGGCAUGUAUCUCGGCGCAGAGAAGAUCUGGUGUGGCGAGGCAGUCCGGCUGCGACUGGGUACCGGAAGCGACCUGAUCGUCAUAACCGACAUCAUCGAGCGCAUUUAUCCUCCAUCGAAACCCAAUACCCCACCUCCAACCUCGGUCAGCAUCGUCGGUGACAUCUACAGCUACGCCACCCUCGAAGUAACGGACCCCGCCAACCCGCCCAAGCCCCCACAACAAAACGUAAACCUCCCCACACGCAUGGCCUACGACAUGGCCUGGCGCAACCGCACACUCGUGCCCCUUACCCGCUCCAUGGCUUGGUGGAAGCUCAUCUUCGCCGGCUCACGCCUCGACAUCUCCGAGAUCAAGGGACGCUGGUACGAAACCAGUCUCCUCUUCCAAGAGCCUUUUACCAAGGCCGUCAAGAAUGGCGAAGGUGGCAAUGGCAUAUGGAUGAAUAGCCGCGGCGACGCUACGGGCCUAGGCAAGAAUGCAGGUAUCGUACGACCAGAUCGCGUCGCCGCCUUUGGGCAGAGCGUGCCCAAGGGUAUUGCUUUGAUUGAAGGCUUGGAUCCACCGAAUCAGCAGCUUCCUGCUCCACAACAGCAACAACAGCAGCAGCAACAACAACAACAAGAUCACGGGAUGGGCAUGAGUGCUGGCGGAGAUGCGCUCACCCUCGAUGAUCUGAUCAAUGUGGACCACCUAGGAGAUGAUACGGGCAUGCAAUUCGAUGGCGCUUAUUCAUUCUGA